GCUAUUCCCAAACCGAAAAAGAAACCCUAAUUGAAAAAAGAAAAAAAACAGUGACGGAUUAAUCGACUCCACAUCAAAAAUUACUCCCACUCAUCGGCUUCACCGCCGACGAUAACAAAGCCAUUAAACCAACAAAAUAAUUUAUAAUUUAAUUUUUUUCCACAGUGGGAAGUACACGCAACAAACACCACAAAACAAAAAAAAUAUUUUUAUUUCUUUUUAACUUCUUCUUUUAAACUGAUCAACAAUUUUUUUGAUUAAUUUCUGGGUUUCUUGAGAUCGAUUUGUUUAAGGAUGUCUCAACAGGGACAGGCGUCAAUAGAGCCUGUGGUAUUAGAUGAUAUAAUAAACCGUUUGUUAGAUUUUAAACAGACAAGAACAGCUAAACAGCAGCAGGUUCAGUUAACUGAGAAUGAGAUCCGACAGCUUUGUUUAGUUUCUAAAGAGAUUUUUCUUCAGCAACCUAAUCUUCUUGAGCUUGAAGCUCCUAUCAAGAUCUGUGGUGACAUUCAUGGACAGUAUUCUGAUCUUUUGAGGCUUUUUGAAUAUGGAGGUUUCCCUCCUAGUGCUAAUUAUUUAUUUUUAGGUGAUUAUGUAGACCGUGGCAAACAAAGUUUGGAAACAAUAUGCCUUUUGCUUGCCUACAAAAUUAAGUACCCCGAGAACUUCUUUCUUCUAAGAGGAAAUCAUGAGUCCGCUUCUAUCAAUCGAAUUUAUGGGUUUUAUGAUGAGUGUAAACGUCGCUUCAAUGUGAAACUUUGGAAAACCUUCACCGAUUGUUUCAACUGUCUUCCUGUUGCUGGUCUUAUAGAUGAUAAGAUACUGUGCAUGCAUGGAGGUCUUUCACCUGACUUAACAAGCUUGGAUCAAAUUAGGAACUUAACCCGUCCAACUGAUGUACCGGAUUCUGGACUGCUUUGUGAUUUACUUUGGUCCGAUCCUAGUAGGGAUGUUAAAGGGUGGGGAAUGAAUGACCGAGGGGUCUCAUACACCUUUGGGCCAGAUAAGGUGUCUGAAUUCUUGACAAAUAAUGAUAUGGACCUAGUUUGCCGUGCUCAUCAGGUUGUUGAGGAUGGGUAUGAAUUCUUUGCAGACAGGCAGCUUGUUACAAUAUUUUCCGCUCCUAACUAUUGUGGUGAAUUUGAUAAUGCUGGUGCAAUGAUGAGCGUUGAUGAAACCUUAAUGUGCUCUUUCCAAAUUCUUAAGCCUGCAGACAGAAAGCCGAAAUUCUUGUGACAAGGGCAUUUUUGCAAUUCUUUUUCAUGCGUACAAUUGCUGAUAGAUCAGAUCUGUCCGUCUUAAUCUAUGUAGAAGAAACAUAUCGAGAUUAGAUUUCCUGGCACUGAAAUUUUGUCAGAACUUCAGACAUUACAAAUUGGAGAUAACUUCUCUCUUACUGAGGAUUGAAGUCAUUUCAUUGAAAAUAUUGUGAUUUGAAGGAGGUAAAUUCUCCGAAUUCCUAGUUUCGAGCUAACUGUUCUUAGUGCAGUAGCAAAAGCCAGAAGCUUUUUCCUUUUCUUUUCUGAGAUUUUGGUGUAUAUACAUUUUUUGGGCUGUAAAUGACUACUGCAUUGUUACACCACUGAUUGUUUUUGGUUAUUCAAAUGACUUCCAUUUAGGGUCUUUACUGAUCCUGCUGAUAA